GGUUGGGAGAUCACCUUGAGCUGGUGGCCGUGGAAGCAGCGCAUCAGUCCCCCGCAUUCUUGCAACGAGAUAAGGACUACUGCGAUCAACAGCACCUCCAUCAUGCCCCAGACAAAGCCUCAAGACAUGGGCUCUGCCUUCAUCCAGACGCAGCAGCUCAACGCCGCCAUGGCCGACACCUUCCUAGAGCACCUCUGCCUGCUGGACAUCGAUUCCGAGCCCACCACCGCCCGCAACACAGGCAUCAUCUGCACCAUCGGACCCGUCUCACGCUCUGUGGAUAUGCUGAAGGAGAUGAUCAAGUCUGGCAUGAACAUCGCACGCCUCAACUUCUCCCACGGCACUCACGAGUACCAUGCUGAAACCAUCAAGAACAUUCGCGAGGCCACUGAGAGCUUUGGGCCAGGCAGCAUCCAGUACAGACCCGUGGCCAUCGCCCUGGACACCAAGGGCCCGGAGAUCAGGACCGGCCUCAUCAUGGGGAGCGGCACCGCUGAGGUCGAGCUGAAGAAGGGCAACAUGAUCCGCCUCACCCUGGAUGACUCCUUCAAGGAAAACUGCGAUGACAAGACCCUGUGGCUCGACUACAAGAACAUCAUCAACGUCGUGGAGGUCGGAAGCAAGGUCUACAUCGACGAUGGGCUGAUGUCUCUCCAGGUCAAAGAGAUUGGUUCCGAUUACCUGGACUGCGAGAUUGAGAAUGGCGGCACGCUAGGCAGCAAGAAGGGCGUGAACCUGCCGGGCACCGCCGUGGACCUGCCCGCCGUGUCCGAGAAGGACAUCCAGGACCUGCAGUUCGGCGUGGAGCACGGCGUGGACAUGGUGUUCGCCUCCUUCAUCCGCAAGGCCGCCGACGUGCACGCCGUCAGGGCAGUGCUGGGCGAGAAGGGCAAGAACAUCAAGAUCAUCAGCAAGCUGGAGAACCACGAGGGCGUGCGCAGGUUCGAUGAGAUCAUGGAGGCCAGCGAUGGCAUCAUGGUGGCCCGUGGGGACCUGGGUAUUGAAAUUCCCACCGAGAAGGUCUUCCUGGCCCAGAAGAUGAUGAUCGGCCGCUGCAACAGAGCUGGCAAGCCAAUCACCUGCGCCACACAGAUGUUGGAGAGCAUGAUCAAGAAGCCCCGCCCCACCCGCGCCGAGGGCAGCGACGUGGCCAACGCCGUGCUGGACGGUGCUGACUGCAUCAUGCUGAGCGGUGAGACCGCCAAGGGAGACUACCCCCUGGAGGCCGUGCGCACACAGCACAUGAUCGCGCGGGAGGCGGAAGCAGCCGUGUUCCACAGGCAGCUGUUCGAGGAGCUCCGCCGCUCGACGCACCUGACGCGCGACCCCUCCGAGGCGGCCGCCAUCGGCGCCGUGGAGUCCUCCUUCAAAUGCUGCGCCAGCGCCAUCAUUGUGCUCACCAAGACCGGCAGGUCCGCCCACCUGAUCUCCAGGUACAGGCCCCGCGCCCCCAUCAUUGCCGUCACCCGUAACGGCCAGACCGCCAGGCAGUGCCACUUGUACCGCGGCAUCUUCCCCGUGUUCUACAACAAGGCCGCCAACGACGUCUGGGCCGAGGACGUCGACCUCCGCGUCAACUUUGCCAUGGAGAUGGGCAAGGCCCGAGGGUUCUUCAAGGAGGGUGACGUGGUCAUCGUUCUGACCGGCUGGCGCCCAGGCUCCGGCUACACUAACACCAUGCGUGUCGUCCUCGUGCCCUGAACUCCGCUCGAGGACCUCACCAGCACCCCCGCCCCUCCUUUGUCUGCCCCCAUCCCAUCCCAUCCCAC